CCUACUAAGCUCAAGUGUCGAGAUUCCAUGUCCUCUUUCUCAUUCAACUACAUUCAUCAAAUACCAGAAUAACAAUUCACUUUCUCGAACAACAGCAUUGACUAUCCCGAACAUUACAGCAGACCUAAGUCAUCAAACGAAAAUGAAUGAGGAGCACAGGUACAAACCGUUGAAAGCCAACAGUCACGAAUUUAGGAUCAUUGACCUGCACGCCGGUACCUACGAUGAUCCGAUAUCUUGCGAAAGUCGUAUAGUGACACUUGACAACAACCCAGAGUAUUGUGCUCUUUCGUACGUCUGGGGAGAGCCCGGGCUUACAGAAACAAUCACACUAGAUGGGAAGCCGUUCCAAGUGAGAAAUAAUCUAGGCAUAGCGCUCCGGUAUGUACGAAAGGAGGCCGAAUCCAGGACUUUUUGGAUCGAUCUCCUCUCGAUUAAUCAACACGAUCAAGAUGAGAAGUCAUGGCAAGUUAACAUGAUGAGUGAGAUAUACAGCUCAUGUGAAUCCGUUAUCAUCUGGUUGGGCAAGGACUUCGAGGAUAGUGACAGCUGGUGCUCCAACAAAUCGUACGGGACAUGUCUCACAGAAUCCUCUAAGACAGAUGACUCAACUUGUGAGCCGGUAUCUUAUUUCAUAAGAAACAGGUAUACCUUUCCUGAUCGGCUCAUGAUCUCCGCACCAUUCUCUCAUGGCUACGGUGAAUACGAGUAUGAUCACAACCUCUACCAUCUUGCCUUAGAAGGCGAACCUCCCUAUCCUGGAAACGAGAAAACAUGCCGCUGGCACGGUCGAAAACCGGAGAUAUCUAAAGCUUUCGAUCUGAUACAAGAACUUGCAAAAGACCAACACCUUAGGGAGAUAUCUGGCCUCUGCCACUUACAGGGUGAUAAUCGAUUUGGCGACUCGAUCCAAGCUCUAUUAGCGCUCUUGCGCCGCCCCUGGUGGCAAAGGAUCUGGACGGUUCAGGAGGCUGUAUUACCAAAGGAUGGAAUUGUGAUGUGCGGAUCCCUGACCAUCUCCUGGGCCACGGUAGUCCAGGCAGCCAAAAAUUGGCACAUACAUGCGGAUAACUGCUGUUCUCACAUGAGAGACCGAAUCUACCGGUUCAUGUGUUUUCCAACGCAUGGCGAGCCGACCUACAUGUCGUUAUCCACAUUUCAUCGCGCUGUGCUGGCCUUGGAUGAGCGUCGACCCAAAAUUGACGAACUGCCCACUGAUAAGCUCCCGAAUCAGGCAAACUUUGUACGUUUGUUCCAAAAAUUCAGCAAUCGACUUUCGAGCGACCCACGAGACAAGGUUUAUGGACUCCUUGGCGUACUGGCUGAAGAAGACAGGCCAAUUCGAGCAGAUUACGGCGCGCAGAUGAACGACAUAAAUUUACAACUCAGCCGAAAAUUGCUACUUUCUGGAAAUUUCUCAGUGUUAUACGAUAAUCCUUUGCACCAUGAUUAUCUACCAACAUGGGCGAAGGACUUUGGAGUGAUCCCAAGUCGGGUCGACCAAAUCAUUCAGGAAUUAAGGGAUGAUAACAGAGAAGAUUAUCGUGCUUCAGGUCCCAAGAAAGCUAUGGUUUCGGACUGUGAUGGGCAAUCUAUAUCUAUCACCGCUGCCCUUAUCGAAACAGUGGCUACAGUUAGCCGAAAUUUCCUCCCUUCGGAGUCGCUUGAGAGCAUGGCUACAUUCCUCCGAGAAUGUGGAGACCUUUCUGCGAAGCUUUGUCACCGCGAGUCCCCCUGUGUAGGACAGUACAGAGACAGGGAUGACUUCCUAAGGUCCACGCUAGGAAACAGAUAUAGGCCUGCAGGAAAUCGUGGUGAACGAAUCGAGCCAUCGCAAGAAGUAUUGGCAUCGAUGAGAGAUUGGAUCUGGUACUCAACAGCAAUGGAGGAACCUAGGGGGGCCAUGGUGGGGAGUUGCAUCAAGUACAACAUAUGCAAUAGAGCCUUCUUCACCACCACCCAGGGUCGCAUUGGAUUUGGGCCGGCAGAUGCCUGUCCUGGUGAUGAAUUGUGGAUACCCUACGGAUCAAAGGUUCCUUUUGUGCUACGACGGCUAGAUGGCGCUGCAUCAGAAAUAUCUCAAAAUCUCCGGAGUAAGAUCGCAGCUGAGUCCUCGAAAUACUUUCACCGUACCGUCGUGGGUGACUGUUAUAUCCAGGGUAUAAUGAAUGGCGAGGCGAUUGUCGAGCAAACAGAUGGAUUAGUGGUUACACUCCACUAGAGGUAGUGAGAUGUUAAGGUUUCGUGCCAAUUCAGAUUACCUAUUUGUCUUUUCUCAGCGACCUUUUCUAGACGUGCACUCGAUCCGAUGUGUUUUAUAGAUUGUUCGUCCUACUUCAAUU